AGGAUGAUUUACAAACCGUUGAAGGGCGCCGAAAACAUCAAUGGCUGCUGAGUGUGCGAGAUGACAACUGAAGCUCUCUCUGUAUGAUAUUUUACGAUAUUACCUAGCGUUGUAGCGAUGAUUUUUCGUAUUAUUAGAAUACCCAGCCUUCUUUUCUUUUCUUUUCUUUUUCUUUUUUUUUUUUUUUAUUUCUGGCCAUGCUUUAAGAUAUCUCCAACCGUGUUUGUCUUCCGCAUCGAAACCGUUGGGACCGCAAUCUGGUGGAUCCAUGGAUGCUGUUGUCGGGGAAGAAAACAACAACAACAAACGCGAACCGAGGAAAACAACCGCCACGUGUCCGGGUCUGGAUAGCUUCAAGAUCUUCGAGUUAAUCUGCGAUUAUCUCCAUAUGAAUCUUGCAAGAGAUUGGCAGCUAUCUUGG